ACGGGUUGGGGAACUAGACACCGACCACUGUAUAGCUACUUACAGAGCGGCUGAAUCAGUGGCGCACAUACCAAGGAGGACAUACCUGUGUGCGCAACUGACGCUCAGCACGGGGAGGGCUUUUAAAUGCUUUUAUGUCAGAAGCCGACCGUAGGACCGAUAUCAAGGAAACAAGUCGCCAGCGUGUGGGGCAAAACCGUUUUUUGCUGACAGGUUUUGCCCUCGGGUUGAUCGUAUUUAUAUAAACAAGAAAGCCAUUCAGAGGAAUACUGUAUUAUCUGUAGGUUAAUUUGGAGGAUACUGGACUGUUCAGGAAGAAUGGCGAAACACGGCGUCUCCGAUAUCUGCUCCACUGCGAGGAGUUGGGCGCUUGCAGCCGUAAUUCUCAUUAGCCUGCAAGUGUCCAGUGCCCAGCGUGUGCGAGUAGACGCCGAAGUUCGGGCAUUCGCCAAGGAGUCCGUCCUCCUGCGCUGCAUGUUCGUCACCCCUGGCAACACCAAACUUACUCAGGUGUCAUGGAUCAAAGAAGCCACAGAAGGUACAGAACGCAUCAACAUCGCUGUGUUCCACCCCCAGUACGGCGAGAGCUUCCCUAACUCGGACUUCAAGGGGCGGGUGAAGUUCACCCAGGGCAGCCUGGACAACCCAUCCAUCGAGAUCAGCAACCUGCGGAUGGCCGACGAGGGCAAGUACACGUGCGAGUAUGCCACCUACCCCAGCGGGAACGAGCAAGGCACCACCAACCUCCUGAUGCUGGCCAAACCCAAAAACUCAGCUCAGCACCUCACAGUCACGGAAGGCAAAGCAGCGGUCGUCGUGGCCCGCUGUGAGGCCGCCGAGGGCAAGCCGGCCGCCGCCAUCACCUGGGAGUCGGAUGUUGCAGGGGGCAAGGCCAACACCACGCAGGUGCAACAGGCUGACGGGACGGUGACGGUGAAGAGCGAGUACUGGUUGACCCCAACCCCCAGCCACAACAACCGUGACGUCAAGUGCGUGGUCACCCAGACCACGCAAGACAAGCCACAACUCUUCCCUAUGAAGCUCUCCAUUCAGUAUCCCCCAAAAGUCUCCAUAGUGGGCUAUGACGACAACUGGUACAUGGGUCGGACAGACGCCGUCCUUGUCUGCCAACACGAUGCCAACCCGCUGCCCACCACCGUCGACUGGACUGUGGCAAGCGGCGCAUUGCCAGACGCGGUGGAGGUGUCGGGGGACCGGCUGCUGGUGAAGAAGGUGGACGACAGCGUGAACACCACGUUUGUGUGUGAAGUGAAGAACACCCUGGGCUCGGCCAAGAGUCAGCUCACUGCCGUGGUGAUCGAGAAGCGUAAGCCACCUAGAGGUAGUGCUGCAGGGGCCAUCAUCGGCGGCAUCAUUGGAGUGGUCAUCUUUCUGUGCCUAAUUGGAGCUCUCAUCUUCCUGCUCCGCAAGCGCCAGCUCAACGCUGAGAAUGACGAUGCUCCCCCAAAGCACAAGCCCCCUCCUCCUGUCAAGAUGGGCAGUUCUACGGAGAUGCUGAAUAAGCCCCACAACCCAUCGACAGAGACACAGCCACUCAGUCACAUCUACUACGAGACCGGCGGCGAGCCCAUUACUGAUCUGGAUGAUGAGGGCCAAGAUGGAGCCCCAGCCAAUGGCAGCGGGCCAGCAUUGUGGGACAGCUCGGCAACCCACAUGCCCGCUGAUAACCAUGCCACGGCCGACGACUCCUACCCCGAGGCCCCGGAGCCGCCACUGCCCAACAGCGGAGCUACAGUGGCGCGUGGCGAGAGCUUCAUGUCCGAGCCCAUGCUGGUGUAGAGCGGUCCACGGGGGGCACCCCCAACACACUGCCACCCCCUGACCCCUGCCCCCCCACCCCCCCAACUCAAGCUCCGAGAUGUGCCCACAUUGCCCUGUGCCUACCACGACUGUGCAGGGGCCAGUUACAACUGUGGACUCAGACCCUCCUCCUACCCAAUCCCCACCCCACCCUACUGCCAUUAUCCGCCCCCCCUUUCCCCCCCUCUCUGAUGCUGUCCAACCCUUCCAUUCAGUAUUGCCAACUCUCCCACCAUCUCCACUCAGCUAAACGUGAAACCAAUGCAAAACAUGGGACAGCUUGAAUGGUUCAUUGCAAUUUCCCCCCCGAAGUUAAGUAUCAAUCCCUGAUGGUGCCUGCGAGCAAGGCCUGUCUCUCUGGCUUGUGGCAUACGCUGAAUGCCAAGAGUUGACAAUACUGAGUGUGGAUUUAUUGUCGACAAACUGUACAACUUCUAAUAAGGGUUUACACACACACAUCACAUAUGGCAAAGCACACGGUCAAUUAUUCCUGCCCAAUCAUAAGAGACCAUAACGGCUGCGAGUUUUAAUGUAAAGUGUUCUGCGGUAUAAGUGUAUACUAGAUGGUGAGAGCGCACAGCAUAUACAGAGAGGCGUAACGAUGAUAAGAGGUCGUUGUGAAAACCUAUGCACUCAACAACAAGAGAUACAGUGCAUAAGAACCCUCUCGACUGACAUCAAAGCGAUAUCAAAGCAGUGUAUGCUGAGCCUUUCCGCAUUUUAUUAAGCGUUCUUAUUUGGGAAUAUUAGAAUUGUUCGUUUUUGUCUUUUGGGUGAUGGGGCAGCAUAACCAAAUUGUUUUAUUCUUUUGAGUUACCCAGCUAAACAUGGGAGGGUAUUAAAUGACACGUUUUGUAAAUACUAAUAAGAAGUAAUAUAUAUUGUCAGGUACAUAUGUGCACAGAGUGUAGAAAAACACACCAACAAAAUUAAACAAAAAUAACAAUGCCAUUGUUGUAUGAAAUGAAAAAAAAAAGUGUGCUUUUUAUUUCAACGGGUAUAUUCUGGUUGUAUGCUGAUGUUUUCAGUAUGAAAAUGACUUGGACUUCAAUUCUAUAUAAUAUGCAUGGCAUGAUUGAUGGCUUUUUAAAGAAAAGAACUAAAAUGUGGAUGCAUCUGCCAUUGUCCAUGGGCUCUGUGGUAUCUCUUUCUUUGUUUUGUUCUCUUCAUCUCCGCCUCUCUCUAUUGCAGUCAAAGCACAAACGAGGGAACAACAAUAACAACAACAACAAAAAAAAAGUUGUCGGGAACAAAAAAAAAAAAUGUCAGUCAUUCAAGAGGUGAUCAAUUUUUUUCUAAUUUUCUUUCUUUCUUUUGAGGGAGCAAUAGAAUUGGCAGUGUUGAAUCUUGUUUACAUCGAAUGGAACAUGUCCUCUCAUAUAGACCCGUAGAUCAGUUAGCACGCGCUUCUCUUCCCCAUGCCACGCUUUCAUGCUCUUUCGCUCAAUUGUGCUCGAGUACAAGUUGGAGUCAAGCUAAAUUUAGACAGGAGAGUCUCCCCAUGUGUCCAGCGACAGGUCAGACGAUGAGCGGGUGGGGGGGGGGGGGGGGGACCCACUGAAGUAUUGAUCUUGUUGAACUGUAGGGUCUGGCUUCUCUGAAUGAACAAGUGGGUCAUAGAGGAGGCCAUCUAAUAUGGCACAUACUGAUGUACUGAUGUCAGGUCUGUUGUGGCACAUACUGAUGUACAGAUAUAUAGGUGAUAGGAUGCAUGAGUGAAUGGAAGUGUGGUGGGCUACAAGAGUGAAUAUGUAAGAUAAUAGAUAGACUGAUGGGAUCACACGUUGUCUACACAUUGGUAGUGUGAGAUAUAGAUAGAUAGGUAGAUGGAUAAAUAGACUGGCUGGACAGAUAGAUGGAGAGAAGGAUGAAUGGAUGAAUGGAGACCAGUAGAUGAGAUGAAUAUAUCAGCAAGUAAUUCCACCAAAACAUCUCACAGAUAACUGUAGGACUAGACAGCUGACCUAUAGCACAAUUGAUAUACUCAUCACACGCAUGGCUUGACAUUCUCUCUCUCUCUCUCUCUCUCUCUCUCUCUCUGUACCACACACGAUGCACGCACAUGCUAUAACAUUAUUUUUAAUCACUAGUAUAUUCUCCUUUUAUGGGGCUGUCAAAAGUCUGCAUGCUGCACAGUGCACAGUGAUCCCAGCGCUUGCAUAAAAAACACGUUGGAUGGGUCUGCUCCCAUCAGACGGCAGUAUCAGACAAUCACCGCAUUGCACACACACCCUAAAAAUGGUCAAAGGGAAUAAGUUAUAUUUCUAUCCUUUCCCUUAUUUUGAACUGUGAUAUUCUAUUUUAAAGAUGUAUUUUUUUUUUGUUGAGAUGUACUAUAGGCUAUAUAUAUUGUUCCAUGCUGUUAUGAGUAUACGUUUGUGAUCCAAAAGUGGAUAUAAUGUAUUACUGUACCAAUAUCCAGACAAGUUUCAACGACAAUCAUUUGUGACAAAGAAAAUAAUGAUUAAGGGUAUUGUCGGCUACCUGCUUGAUCCGUACCUUGCAUUGCUUAUAUUGAGUUGCUGAAACCAUGUUAUAAGUCUUGAACAAAAUUAAUUUAAUAGCAGUUUAAUAAGGCAUUGCGCGUCCCUGGUUUAUGAUUCCAUGAGGUUUUAUGUUCUGAUGCCAAAUACACAAACUGUGAUUAUUAGAUAACACCGGCCGAUAUUGGUUCUCUCUCACCUCGUCAGAUUGUGCUUCGCUGCUUCAGUGUCAACAACCAAACGUGCCUUGGUCACCUUUAUUUUUAGCUCUUGAAAUAACGCAUUGCAUAUUCUCUUCAAUUUUACAAAGGUUGAGGUUAUGCUUAGACUGCGUGGCAAAUGCCAGACACUGGAGAUCAUUGUGAUUGUAUUUUUUUUAACGUUUUUUUAUGUUUGAUUUUGCUAUGUUUAUUUCUGAUUGAUCAUUUGUUUUGUACGCAUUUUGAAAACAAACGUGUUCUGUUUUAUUGACUGAUCAUGGUGUUGUCCAAUAAAAAUGUGUAAGCCAAA